GUCAAUAUCAACGCCCCUGACACAGCAGGGCGACCACCGCUCAUUCGAGCCAUUCGCAGCGGCGAUCUUACUCUGGUUCGAGAGUGCCUUGACCGUGGUGCGGAUGUCAACUGUAGAGAUAAGGCUGGCAUUCCUCCGAUACUCUAUGCGUCCGAGUCAGGGUCGGAAAAUAUCGUCAAGAUGCUCCUUGAACGUGGCGUCCGCAUUGAUGAAACGGACAGCAGAAAAGGACAGACUGCGCUUCACCGAGCUGCCUUCCGCAAUAAAACGCUGAUGACAAGAGUUCUUCUUGAGAAUCAGGCUGAUAUCGAGGCCCGGGAUCGACAAGGCCUCACACCUUUGAUGCGCGCAGUGCAGCAAAACAACGGUUUGGUCGUUCAAAUCCUCCUUGACUACAAAGCAAAUCCAAAUACACGGGCAACCAGCGGUUCUCAGUGGCCUCCCCUCCACUUCGCGAUCCAACGAGAUUCUUCGGAGAUGAUAAGGUUACUCCUUUCAGCC